CACACCGCAUACCAGACUUGAGUACAGUGGCCAACCCAGCAUACACAGACACACAAUUGAACUACGAGGAGAGCCGAACGGAGAUACAUUUACAAUUUAAAGGGUUAGAUUUGAGAGGCUUUUGCAACUCAGGAUGGCUACCGAGACAGCCUCUGUUCUUCUGUCCCCCAUCAAAACGUGCUUUCUUCUACUUUUGGGUGGUUUGAUGUGCAAAGCUGCGCAGGAGCAGCAGGGAAGUUUGUACAUGUGGAUUGAUGCCAACCAAGCCAGAAUCCUAAUUGGUUUUGAGGAGGAUAUCUUGAUCGUGUCAGAGGGAAAGAUGGCUCCAUUCACAACGGACUUCAGAAAGGCCCAGCAGAGGAUGCCUGCGAUACCUGUCAAUAUCCAGAACGUCAACUUCACCUGGCAAGCUACUGAACAGGCAGAGUACUUCUAUGAGUUCCAGACACUGCGCUCCAUGGAUGUGGAUAUCAUGGACAACCCCACUGUCAACGUUCCUCUCCUGGGCUCUGUACCACGUAGGCCCUCAGUGGUGCAGGUGGGCUUCCCGUGCUUAGGAGACCAGGAUGGCGUAGCGGCGUUCGAGGUCACCAUACUGGUCAUGGACGCCGGUGGGAACAUCAUCCUGAGGACACCUCACAACGCCAUCUUCUUCAAGACCUGCCAGAGAGCUAAAUGUCCCGGUGGUUGUCGUAACGGUGGGUUCUGCAACGAGAGACAGGUGUGUGAGUGUCAGGAUGGUUUCUACGGGCCGCACUGUGAGAAAGCCCUCUGCUCUCCCAGGUGUCUGAAUGGUGGACUGUGUAUGAGUCCGGGGGUGUGCAUCUGCCCACCUGGUUACUAUGGAGACAGCUGUGACAAAGCUAACUGCAGCAUCACAUGUUUAAACGGAGGGACGUGCUUCCACCCAGGGAAGUGUAUCUGUCCUGCAGGCUACGAGGGACUACGCUGUGGGAUCAGUAAAUGUCUCCAGCCCUGCAGGAACGGAGGGAAAUGCACUGGGAAAAACAAAUGCAAAUGUGACAAAGGUUUCCACGGCGACCUGUGUUCCAAGGCUGUCUGUGAGCCCAGCUGUGGAGCCCAUGGGACCUGUGUGGAACCCAACAAGUGCCUGUGUAAGGAGGGCUGGCACGGACGCCACUGUAACAAGAGAUACAGAGGAGGUGCCUCUAACACCCAUCGUCUCUCAUCAGGCCCUAAACACAAGCCUCAGCAGCACUCCUCCUCUGCCAAGGAGGUGAAAGACGCCCCCGAUGCCGACAUCCCAGCAGAGACCAAUUACGUGGUAUAAGAGCCGGGUCCAGACAACCACACCUGGGUUCAAGCACUAUUCAACCUCUUUCAGAUACUUUCAGCAUCUGCUCUAGUCCGGUUGGCGGCGCCUGAUGGGUGCGGCCUGGUGGGAGGGGU